CCAGGUUAGUGAAGUUUUAAGACGUAAAAAAAUAGAAAAAUACAACAUCGACCGUUUUUUCUUUGUCACUGCUCUUCUCUUCUUUCUCUGCUACUGUAUUUCUUUAUUUAUUUCAUCCCUAUACCAUAUUUGUUACUUCUACUAUUACUAUUACUAAUUAUAUAUACUCUUUUCAAUACAAAAACAGAAGAGUAUACAUCUAAUAUUCUGUAAUUUAAUCAUUGCUGACUUUAGCCAAAAUUUCAAAUAGUUUGUAAAAAAGAGAGCGAUUAUAAAUAUUCAAUCCAUCUUGAUUGUAGAUCAAUGGUAAGAAUUUCAUCUAAAUCACCCCGGAACUGGCUAGUAUAGCCCAAAGUAUCUCUCAUUCAUAUUUACAUUUUCUCCUUUGCACUAUGUCCGCAAUCGCAUUGUAGACAUGAGCUCGUCGAUACCUGGUUCACCUCACCCCUACUUUGAUGAAAAAGCAGCUGAGCGAGAAGCUCGUAUAAAAAGUCUAUUCGAAUCACUAGACCAGAAAGGACGAGGUUACUUAGAUGCGGAAGCCAUACUUGGAGGAUUUCUUAAAUUGACUCACUUGCCAGCUCAUACGCGCUAUGUCACUGAUCUAUUAGCGAAAUGUGAUACAGCACAGGAUGGAAUUAUUGAUUACCAGGAAUUCCGGACUUAUGUAUUAGAGAAAGAAAAGGAAUUAUGGGAACUGUUUUCAAAGAUUAUUAGACAGCCAACGGAUGACAAUAAUAAAGGAAAUAAAACUUUGCACAAGACAGCAGAAGAAACUGAUUAUCGAAUACAUCCAAAGGAUUUGGAAAUUGCUCUUAAAGAAGCUGGCAUUCAUGUUACCGAUGAAGAUAUUCAAAACUUCAUGCAUGUUAUAGAUAUAGAGGGCAAUGGAUACAUCGAUUUUCAAGAUUGGAGAGAUUUCUUAUUACUAUUGCCUCAAGAAACGACAUUAUUAGAAAUAUACCAAUAUUAUCAAUCAUCUACGCAACUCACCCACGACGCUGAAGUUGUCAUUCCUCACACGGACGAGACAGCACACAACGCCUAUAAGUACUUAGCGGCAGGUGGUAUUGCCGGCGCUGUUUCGCGAACUUGUACCGCUCCUUUCGAUCGACUUAAAGUAUACCUUAUCACUCAAACUUCCAUUAUCUCAAAGAAGUCAGCACCCGCAACACCUUCAUUGUCGACUGUUAAAAAUUCCACCGCUUCGUUAUCAUCUACUACUGCAGCAACCGCGAAACCAUCUCAAUCUGUACUUAUACAAGGCAUGAAAAAUAUAUAUAAACAAGGCGGCAUUCGUGGGUUCUUUGUUGGCAACGGUCUCAAUGUCAUUAAAAUCGUACCUGAAUCCGCUAUCAAAUUUUAUGUAUUUGAAACCACCAAAUCUAUACUAGCCGAACUCACCCACUCGCCCGAUAAAAAUGAUAUUCCUGUUGGUGCAAGAUUCUUUGCAGGCGGUGUUGCAGGUCUGUGUGCUCAAUUUUGUAUUUAUCCUGUAGAAACACUAAAAACACGUAUCAUGUCAUCGAAACAUAUGCUGGAAGAACAACAACAUCAGCAACAGAAAGCAGCAACAGCAGCAGCAGCGGCAACAUCAACGGGAUCCAGUAGUCAGGCAUUUAAAACAAAACAGAAAAGUAUCAUUAUCGAUACGGCUCGGAAUUUAUACAAAACGCGUGGUGUCAGAGGGUUUUGGCCAGGUUUGACUGUGAGUCUGAUGGGCGUGUUUCCCUAUCAAGCAUUGGAUAUGGGUAUUUAUGAAACGCUAAAAGUGACCUAUUUGCAAUACAUGAAUGCACAAAAGGAUGAAGAAGGCAAAAGUAAGCCUCCGAAUGUCUUGAUCCUGUGGGCUUGUGGGAUGGUAAGUGGGUCGAUUGGUGCCACGACAGUAUACCCGUUGAAUAUGAUUCGAACGAGAUUGCAGGCGCAAGGUACUCCAGGUCAUCCUUAUGUAUAUACCUCAGCACUGGAUGCUGCUAAAAAGACCUUUCAUGCUGAUGGCAUUCGUGGAUUUUACAAAGGCUUAGGUCCAACCUUAUUCAAAGUCGUUCCUUCUGUUAGUAUUAGUUAUGCUGUGUAUGAAUUUAGUAAAAGAUCCUUAGGUAUAUCUUAGUAUUUAUAAGCAAGUAUAAUAGUUGUACUUGUAGUAAAAGCUGGCUACAUGCUUCUUCAAAUAUAGAUCUGUUUCUUUAUAAGUAUUAUAUAUUCCUUUUAGUAUAACCCACAUCUUUGUAUAUAAUAGAAAGACCUUUCUUCAUCAAGAAAUCGUCGUGCCUCAGAAUUUUUAUAAGCAGAAUAAAAUACAGUUUAUUCAAAAAGGGAAUA